AUGAAAGAGAAAGAGGAGUGGGGGAAAGAGGGGAGAAGAGAGGAAGCAGGAGAGAACGAUGGGCAGAAGAAAGUUCAAGAGGAAUUUGACAUCGACAUGGAUGCGCCAGAGACAGAACGUGCGGCGGUGGCCAUUCAAUCUCAGUUCAGAAAAUUCCAGAAGAAGAAGGCUGGGUCCCAGUCCUAG